AUGAUGUUAUAUUGGUCAACAAAUAGAGAAAAUUUUAAUCAUACAUCAGAAUAUCGAAGAGAUCCUUCAACGAUUUACUCAACAUGUUCGAGUUCAAAACAUAAACCAAAAAAACACUGUGUUUUCUGUUCUCAAUCUAUAAAUCAACAAGAAUAUGAAGAACAUAUUUCAAUUUGUUCCAAUGAACAAACAAAUGAUAAUUAUAUUAAUAAACAAGAAAAUAAGACAAACUAUUGUAUAAUAUGUUCGAAAUCGAUUCCUGAAUAUGAAUAUGCUCAACAUGUUGCAUCAUGUUCAUUAUCAUUAUCAUCAUCAUUUUCAAGGAAGAGUUCUUAUGAAAAUGAUCAUAAAACAAGAUUAAAUUCUAUUAAAAAAGAUGAUAAAAAUGAAUUGAAAAGUUCAUCUAAUAUAAAUACAAAAAGAAAAAAAGAUUGUAUUAUUUGUUUCAAAUCAAUUGAUUUAUCUCAAUAUGAAAAUCAUGUAUUAGAAUGUGUUGCUCAAACAGACAAACAAUUAUCAAGUUCAUCAAAUAAAAAAAAUCUUAAAUGUUUAACAUGUAAUUGUUCAAUAAAUAAAGAAGAUCGUUUAUAUAGAGAAAUAAAUUGUCAUGAUCAUCAUAAUCAUUGUUUAUUAUGUCUUCAACGUUCAAUGGAAGAAUUUGUUCGAAAUAGUCAAACACCAGUAUGUCAUAAAACUUUAUGUGAUUAUGAAUUAUCUCGAUAUGAUAUAUCAUUAAUGCCACUUGAACGUCGUGUUAGUGAUCGUCUUUUAAAACUUGUUAAAGGUCAACAAAGACCAUUCUGUUCUAAAUGUCGUUUUUAUAUUGAUUUAAAUCAAUAUGAAGAUUUUGAUGAACAUAUUCAAUCAUGUGAAGAUUUAAUACCUUGUGAAUAUUGUCAAUUACCAUAUCCAUUUAAACAAUUAGAAGAUCAUACAAGACAAUGUCAACAUGCUAAUACAUCUCAUUAUGAAAAAUUAACUCAUUUUGUUUUAACUAAAACAAAAUAUCCAUUUCCAAAAGAUCAAAUUCGUCAUUUUAUUGAACAACAAAGAAAAAAUGGUCAGGAAAAUCUCGAUCCUUGGUCAAUAAUUGAUGCUCUUGCUAUAUUCGGAUCAACAUUUCCAUAUGAAAUGGCAAGACGAGAUUGUGAUGUAUGUAUGGAAUCGUGUCCAUAUGAUGAUAUAUAUGUAUUUGAUUGUAAUGAUAAUCAUAAAAUAUGUUAUUCAUGUUAUUAUCAAUCAUGUAAAUCAAAAAUGAAUAACGGAGAAAUUUUAACAUGUGCACUUUGUACAAAUCCAUUGAAAGAUGGUGAACUAAAUCAAUUAAGAAUUCCAGAUGAAGAAUUAAAAAUAAUUCGAGAUUAUCAAAUGAAAAAAACAUUUGAUGUAUAUUCAAGUCGUACUCGCGGCAUAAUUAAAUGUCCAAAUCAAAAUUGUCCAUGGAUAGCUGAAGCUGCUGAUCCAAAUGAACGUUUUCGAGUAACUUGUCCAAUUUGUAAUAAAGAAUUUUGUUCACUUUGUAAUCAACAAUAUCAUUAUCGUACAACAUGUGAACAACUUCCACAAAUAACUCAACGAUGGUUUUUUUGGUGUCAAACAGAACGUGCUCGUUAUUUAACAAUGAGAGCUGAACAAGAUGCUGCAUAUGCAUCACAAUUAUCUGAUUAUAAUCGUCGAAAUAAAGACAAUGAAGGUCGAAAUAAUGAUUUGCGCCGUCGUUAUGAAGAAUUAAUGAAUGAUGAAAAAUAUAAAGCUGAUAAUUGUCGUCUUUGUCCAUCAUGUAAACGUGUUGUUCAACGUCUUGAAGGUUGUGAUUCAAUGAUAUGUGGACAAGAUGCACAUGGAGGAAAUGUUCAAUCUGGUUGUGGAGCAAAAUUUAAUUGGGCACAAGCAAAACAAUAUGCAGCCGCAGCUAAACCCCAACCGAAACAAAUUAUUCUUGAUCUUCCCAAACCAGAAAAUCCUCUUGUUCAUCAUGAUGGUGCUAAGUUAGUUUUCAUUUAA